AUGCCCCACUCGGGUCAAGCCGGGCCCAGUGGCUUUGCGUUUGUGAUUGCCGCAACGGCCAAGGCAGGGAAACCAGGAGGUGUGGGGUACAGCGGGAUGGGAGCUCGGAGCAUAGCCGUUACUUUUGACAUUAAAGAGAGUCACCAGGGCGUGGGGCUGAACAUGUUUGGCAGAGGGGAACCCGUGGUGUCGAAGGUUUCACCAUUCAUGUUCACGGAUGGCGAUGCAUACACCGCAUGGGUGGAUUAUGAGUCUGCGGAUCCGGGCACCUUUCAAGUCUUCUUGGCGAGCUCACACGAGAAGCCAGAAGAGCCGCUGCUGCUGCAGAAGGGCGUGUCGCUGUGUGCUGUGCUGCAGCCGCGGGUGAAGCAGCAGCAGGCGGCGUUCUCGUUUGGGUUUACGGCGUCCACCACUGUGAAGCCCUUCCAGCUGCAUGGCAUUCUAUCCUCCUCUGUGCAAACAGGCAAGGCUAUCUUGGGCAGGCGCCCCUUCAACCAAGAUAAUAAUGAUGAUGAUGAUGAUGAUGAUGAUGAUGAUGAUGAUGAUGAUGAUGAUGAUGAUGAUGAUGAUGAUGAUGAUGAUGAUGAUGAUGAUGAUGAUGAUGAUGAUGAUGAUGAUGAUGAUGUUGAUGUUGAUGUUGAUGAUGAUGAUGAUGAUGAUGAUGAUGAUGAUGAUGAUGAUGAUGAUGAUGAUGAUGAUGAUGAUGAUGAUGAUGAUGAUGAUGAUGAUGAUGAUGAUGAUGAUGAUGAUGAUGAUGAUGAUGAUGAUGAUGAUGAUGAUGAUGAUGAUACAACCCUCGGCCUCUCACUGUCAGAGGCCACAUUCGCACCGACUCGAGCCAGUCCCUUUUCGCGCUAUGUGAGUGCGGACUUCAAGCUGUCGGCCACCAAAGCGGACUCGUGGAGCAUUCGUGAUGUCCACACGUGGGACUCCGUGCCCUUCCUCAACUGGCCUGUCAAGAACCAAAACGACUGCAAUGCGUGCUGGGCGUAUGCGGUGGUGGCGAGUGUGGAGGCGGCAUACGGCAUUGCAAAGCAGCAGGGCGCUCCCUGGAUAUCAGUGGGCUCUCUCUUCGCCCUCAUGGGGCUCUCCGACUCCGACAAGUGCUCUGCUGGCGGCUCCCCCACCCAGGCCUUUGAGACGCUCACAGCUCUCGAUGCCGCCAGUGGGCUCACAGGGGCCAGUGAUCCGGCAUUUGAGCGAGCGCAAUUCAAGGGGUAUGUGGGGCUCAUGCUGGCAGUGCAGCGGCAGCCAGUGGUGGUUCACAUCGAGGCGUCUCCAACCUUCAUGCUAUAUGAUGGGACGUUCAAGUACCAGGAUCCUGGUUGCUACACGGGCAAUCUCAACCACGUUGUACUCGUUAUUGGCUACUUUAUCACAAGAAACGAUGGCAGCCAGAACCGCAUUGCUCCUCCGUUUUGGAUCAUCCGCAACUCGUGGGGAGAGGAGUGGGGCAAGAGAGGGCACAUGCGCAUGGACAUUCAGGGAGGGAAUGGCGUGUGUGGCAUCAACGUGCUGCCUGGCGUCUACCCCAUUGUCAAGAGCGACCCCUGCGGCCAGAGCAGCUACAAGGGCGAUGGGGAUUCGCAGCCGAGCAUGAACCCGUGUGGUCGCUUCCAGUGCCAGGGGACGACAGCAACCACCAACAACUGCACCUGCAUUAUUCCCACCGCUCCUGUGCAGCCCUUUGUGGAGGUUGAGAAUGGAUACGGCUCCAACACUUGUGCUUACGUGGACGUGUGUGGGUCAUACUUCAAGAACCCCUGCUACGUGGGAGCAUGCAUCAACGAUGGCAAGGGCGCCUACUCUUGCAUCUGCCCUCCCAACCACGUUCCCAGCACAACCGUUGACGGCUUCCCCACCUGCGAUCCAACAAACACCACGGCCACCACAAUGACAGUCAGCGGAGACAACUGGUGGUGCUCAGAUGUUCAUCCCCUUGUGGGCCUCUCACUGAUUCACUUCACAGACCAAAACACUGGCAUUGACUGCAGCCAGCCAUUGCCCAAGGACAGUGUUCUUCAGCUGGAUGGUACUCCCUCCACACCCUGCACUGCCUUCUUCUACUCCCUCACUGGGGACACCUGUGCAUCCAUCAGCAGACCGCUCAACUUCACAGAACCUGAUCUCACCACACUCAACCCCGGCCUUGACUGCUCCAAGCCCAUCAAAGCUGGCCGCUCCGUGUGCCUCGAGCGCAGUGCUGCCUUCGCCUUCACUGUCCCCGAGUGUGUUAGAUACGGCACGCUCACACCUCAAGACACGUGCGAGCGGCUGCUUCAAAGGACCAGCACUUCACAAGAGGGUGCCAGUUCCAGUGAGAAGGCAUGGGCGGAGCUGUAUCGCAACAAUCCCGGCCUUACUUGCUCCGCCACUAUCCCUUCCGCAGCCUCUGCUGUCGGCAGCAACAUCGGUGUGCAGGUUUGCCUCAGGGCAGAGUAUUGGUCGUUCACGAUGGGUUUAUGCAAGAAGGGGAGGGUGAAGUCUGUGCAGCCAUCAAUGCCAUGCUCCGGUGCUUACCGCUACUACGGUGGAGCUACCUCAACAGCUAUCACACGGUUUCAUGACUACAAUGGUAGGUCUUGCUCUGGGACUGUAGGAGCGAGGUGCAUUUGUGUGCCAGUGACGUUCUGA